GAAAGAAUAUUAUGUAUGUGUGUGUGUGUGUGUGUAAUGCAAAUAUAGUGGGGGGAAAGGAAACCAAUGUGUGCGCAGUGCGCCGUGUUGAACGUUGUUUGCGCUGUCAGGUGUCAGUGUCAGUUGGUUCGCCACGGCGACUUGGUGCGCCGUUGAUGUGUAACUAACUACGCCUCGCAACAUAUUUUUGGAUUUAAACAAAAAUAAAAAAAAACCCUUAAUAUCGUUGGUGGAUAAAUUUCUUUACAAUACUUAAAAACAAAUCGAAAUAGUAAAAUAAAAAAAAAAAACGUUCUUAAAAACACAAAUUCUAAAUAAAUAGUGGUUUUAAGAAAAAAAAAUACUUGCCGGACCUGCCGGCCGGCAGAACAUCAUAUUUUUUUUUUUAAUUUUUGUGAUAUUGUGACAUUGACACAAAAGAAAAAUUGGACGAGUGCAAAAGUAGAAAAAAAGAAAAAAUUUACGUCACAUUGCGUCUCCUUUUUACAGUGAACGCGAGAAGUGAAGUUUCUCUUUUUUGUUUCUUUGGAACUUGAUAGGUGUCAAAAAAAAAGAAGUGGCACGUGUGUGCUAUUAAUUAUAAAUUUGAAAAGAAUUUUUUUUUUUUUUCGAGAAGAAAAGGACGAAUUCAAAUCGCCCAUCUGCUUUUAUCGACCAGUGCCACAACUUUCUCACGAGUUUCAGUGAAUACUACCCUUAAACCAAGGAGAAAACGUACAACAACAUGUUUCGCUUCUCAAACAUUGACUUGGAAUCAAAAAUCGCAAUGGAGUCUAACUGCCAAACGAAUGGCAGCAUUAAAAACAUCCCUGACGAUGAUGGGAACUACGAUUAUCCAGACGAUGUAAACAGUGAUGAUGUUGAGGAAAAUGAGAGCAGUGUUGUAAAUAAUAAUAACAAGAAUCAAAACAACAAUAGCGAGUGCGCGGAUCCACAGCAGAGGCUCGCUGUUCUAAGUUUCGAGCAGGUUCGACGUCUUAAUGAUGUGAUGAAUGAAGUUGUGUGCAUUCACGGAAGGGGGAAUUUUCCAACACUCGAGGUGCGAUUACGCGAUCUCGUGACAGUGGUGCGUAGCAAAUUGGAGGAGAAUCCAAGUAACGGUGGAGCUGGUAUGAAGGUGCGCGACAUACGAUUAAACGGUAGAGCAGCAUCGCAUGUACUCGCCACUGAAUCGCAACCCUACAACGAUAUAGAUCUCAUCUUUGCGGUUGAGCUGUCAAGCGGUCGUAAUUACGAUAAAGUCAAGCAAGCAGUACUCUGCUCUCUGUUUGAUUUAUUGCCAGAGGGUGUGAGCAGAAAGCGCAUCACCACCUGCAGUCUCAAGGAGGCCUAUGUCAGUAAAAUGGUCAAGGUGAAUAACGAGGGCGACCGAUGGUCCCUAAUAUCGCUCGGCAAUAAUCGAGGUCAUCGGAAUGUUGAACUCAAAUUCGUCGAUUCAAUGAGACGACAAUUUGAAUUCUCCGUUGAUUCCUUUCAAAUUGUCCUCGACUCCCUGCUUCUAUUCUACGAAUGCAGUAGGCUACCAAUUGGCGAGAAUUUCUAUCCAACUGUUGUUGGCGAGUCCGUCUACGGCGAUUUCCAAGAGGCCCUUUAUCAUUUGCACAAGAAGCUCAUUUCCACCAGGCAUCCAGAGGAGAUUCGAGGCGGUGGCCUCCUCAAGUACUGCAAUCUCCUCGUCAAGAUGUACAAACCCUCACAGCCCGAUUACAUAAAAACACUCGAACGAUACAUGUGUUCUCGAUUCUUCAUAGACUUUCCCGACAUAAGCCAGCAGAAGGCAAAACUCGAGAACUACCUUUGGAAUCACUUUGUCGGACCUGAGGAGGAGGCCCUCAAGUAUCAGUAUUUGAUGUUGCUGCACAAUGUCGUUGAGGAGUCAACCGUCUGUCUUAUGGGACACGAACGACGACAAACACUUGCACUUAUCGAGAAUCUUGCUUAUCAAGUACUAUGCGAGGAGCAACAACGGCACUCAAGUCAACAGCCAACAACAGGACCACCAGCCUAUGUCUACGCUAAUGGAUACUAUUACACACCAGUGAUACCAACUGCGUGCUACACUUGCACCUGCAAUUCGUGGAUGGCCUGCUCGUCGUGAUCCCAAGUUCUCAUGAGUGAAGCGUAAAUAUCCAACAGAACAGACCUGAUCAUCAAUAUCAGUUGACUCAUCUCAAAACACAUUUUAUAAUAAUUAUUUCUUUCUAUUAAUUAGUACUAUUAUCAUCUCUAGCCUACACCUAGUUUCUGGUAGUUAACGAAAAAGAAAAACAGCGACAACCACAACAAAACAAAAAAAAAAAAAAUAUCAUUAAACGGGAAUUUUUAUUUAACUGCGUAUAUUUUUCAAGUGCUUCUCGGUUUUGUGAUGAUUGACGAACGACCCUAUAUUUCAGAGAUGUAUUUAUCAAAUUAAAUCAAUCAGUGCUGUGCGCAGUCCAACACCAAGUGUCGUGUCAAAUAACGGUUGGAUGUCAAAGCGUAUUGCGUUCUUAGGCCCUGUGGAAGCAGAUUAUUUCCUCAAUUUUGGUAUGUUCGCUCUUUAUCAGAGCAAAGGGGGACUAUUUCUAAAAGGCGAUAUUUUCAAAAUCAAAAAUUCACAACAAAGAAAAUAGUAAACAAAUUGAUAAUCACAGGUUUGCCACAAAAAAAAUUAUUUUUCCCUGAUUUGCAGACAAAACUUCCAUUUUUUCCCUCAACCCAAAGAAUUCUAAUUCACUCUAAAAAUUAGAUAUACUCAAAAAAAAUGUUCUUAAUAUUGCGGAUAUCCUUAAUUGUAGAAUUAUUCGAAAACAUCUAUAGUUUUAUUUAAAAAAAAAAUAUUAAACCUUUAUUAUUUUUCAAUAGGGAUAGAUUUUCAAAAAUUUUAAAUCCAAACCUUCAAGUUGAAUAACUAAAAAGAAUAAUGUUACGCAGUUACAUCUUCAAUA